GAAUUUAUUAGCGUAAAAUAUAUUGUGUUAUAAUGAGACUCAGUAAAACCUUAAGAAUUGUCCUCGUACUGGUUGUUUGGAGUGUAUUGAUGUACACCAGCAGUGCACGGAAGAACAGGCAACGAAACACCGAAGGCAGACGAACCGAUGUCGUCCCCAGGCCCAGAAGAAACCGGGUCGAAAUAAGCGACACAAGAAAUAACACAAACGCUGCCAAUAACGCAAGCGCUGAAGAGACUGCACUUCCAACAACAACGGAUGCUCGUAAAAGAAAACGAAAGAAUAAACGGCAAAGAAAGCGAAAGCAGCGCAACCGUCGCAAGGGAAAGAAACUGCGCAAGUUUGCUGAGGAAACAGCUUCCACAGAUUUGUUCUCCGAUGAAGUACAAAAGGAAUUAUUACGGAACACCGUUAGCGAAAUGUUCGGCUUCGAUCAUAUGACAUCACCGAGGCCGGGACAGACUCGGUCCAGCGUUCCAGAGACCCGAGUUACUGACAUCGAGCUCGAGCAAGGCCUUCCCCACCCACCAGAUUUCAUGCUACAACUUUAUAAGACUUUCUCCGCCGACAGAGAUCCUGUAAUGCUACCUUCUCGCACACAAGGGAACACUGUCCGUAGCUUCUUCUCUGUAGCAGGUGAUACGCUCUCUCGGCCCCGGGAUAAAGGAAAACCUAUUCUAAUCGUACCCGCUACGUCAACCGGGAGCAACACAGCCGAAACUGACUUAACAGCACGUUCUUUGAGGGUCUUUGCUUUUAACAUAACUUCAAUUCCUGACACGGAAUCGGUUGUAAAGGCAGAACUACGAAUCGACUGUUCGACAAACGACGAGGAAAGGGCGGGUAACGGUCACAACGCUUCACGCAGAGAAUGGCAGGUGGUGUUGGGGAGUUAUCGCCAACAUUCGGGGCAAAACGGCCACAACGAAACACUGAACUUUUUCCAGCGAGCCGGCAAUUUGGUGCGAUUGUCGCAGACGAGCGCCACCGCGUGGACGGGUGAACACAUUUUCGAUAUUAUCAGGCGAGCAAGAAGAGAUGGCCAUCUUAUAAUUGUUCAGUUUGAGGAUGAAUUACAAAGACAUAGGCGCAACGCUGCAGGUCCACUGCCAGAAAACCAUUCCUCCCGUGAAGCGGUUUCCACUCCGGUUUUGCCCGACAGCUUUACUGUCUUAGAUUCAGAAAGAUCGAAGCGAAAUACAGGCCGGAAUCGACACGGAGGACAGCAGAACAGACCUGGUGACGUUUUUGACAGCCUGGCAGCCGUAUCUGCUUCUCCUCUGUUGAUCGUUUACACCAACGAUUCCAAAACUGUCUUAACGAAAUCUAGCGGCUCACUUUCGGAGAGAAUUUUGCUGAGCAGUCUGGGGAAUAUCACCGCGUCUUUAGCAGCUCGCAACACAAGGUUUCGUAGAUCUGCUGGUACUCGAAGGGGCAACGCUGCUCGUAACGGCAGUAACUCCCUUCCUGGGGAAGAUACUCCUGAGAAUGAACAACGAUCCAUUAUUCCGGUUAACCUUCCGCAAUCCGUGGAUAACGACCAAACAGAACUGCACGACAACGGUCUCGUUGAUAGGGCAGUCAUCCAAUCCCUGACCGACCAAAAAACCGCCCGCAAAAAGAAACGAAGACGUAAACCUUGUCGUAAGCGAGGACGACGAGCGAAGAGGAAAUGUAAGAAGGCGUCGUCAACCGCACCUGAAGCGGACCUCAACGGAUCUCAACAAACGUGUUCUCGCAAAUCGCUAACUGUUGAUUUUGCGGACAUUGGUUGGUCGCAAUGGAUAAUAUCUCCAACACGAUUUGACGCUUACUAUUGCUCUGGUUUGUGCAGAUUCAAAAAUAUUAAGAACGCACAGUUUUCGAACCACGCCAUUAUUCAAGCGGUCAUCAAAGCUUUUAACGUCCGUCCGAAGAUACCUGCCCCGUGUUGCGUGCCGGAUGAAAUGACGACACUUAACGUAUUAUUCUUCGACAAGGACGAUAACGUUGUAUUGAAAGCAUAUCCUGAUAUGCAAGUUAAAACUUGUGGCUGUCGAUGAUCGUGACCAACCACGCCACAGUUGGGCACGAAAUCAACAAACCGCACCGGCCCCUCAGCGGACACCUCACGGUCGGUCACGGGCGAAAAUAGCGGAGCAGCUAUGGGUGUGAUUACUCCCUCGCUCCGACAGACAGAAACAGUUUCACCGAACGCUGUAGCAUGAUAACGUUUCUUGUUUCUUUUCGUUAUAAAUUAAUUCUGUGCGCAAAUCACUUCGUUUUCGUUCUCUUUUUAUUGUAUGCGCUUAACCUCGCACAGCAACGGUAUAUUUUCAUACCUGCUGCUGUUUUCACGUGUUAUGUUCCGAAAUAUUAGCAUGCAAACUUACUAUGUAUUCUUGUUUAUGAAUAAGUAGCAGAAAAUUCCGGCUCAUAGUAAAGAUAGGUCUCAUUACUACACAUGCAAUCGCAGUAGGCUACCUAAUGUUUAUAAAGAAUAGAACUAUCGCUAUUGCA